UAUUUUCCCCCGAUAUUGUCAACCAAAUGUGUUGCGUUUGCCGCGAGAAUCGGUUCGUUGAUCGUUGUCUCUCUGCCGCUCGAUAGUCGACACGUGAAUCGGAAAUCGGCCAUCCGGAAUCCGGAGUGUGAAUUGAUCUCAAAAGGAUCUGUAGAGUGAUCUCAAAAGGAUCGCAUCGGAGCUAAAGUGAAGUGGCAGUGGCAGUGAAGAUGACCAAGUACCACAGUGUCGGCAGUGAAAUGACCGCGGGCCACAGCAUUAAGCAGGAGUACAACAACAGCUACCCGCAACAGCCGCAUCCCGGAUACGGCUAUAGCAGCUACAACCCAUCCCAGGUGCUGGGACACCCCAAUGCCAGCCACAAUACCCACCAGACGCUGCAGAACUUCUUCAGCCGCUUCAAUGCCGUCGGGGAUCCAAAUUUCGGCGCAACUGCCUCCGCCUCCGCUUCUGCCUCCGCAUCAGCCUCCUCGUGCAGCUACGGCCAGAGUGGCCAUCCGGCGGAUGUGGACAAGCAGCUGGCGAUGACCAUGACCCCGUCGCCCAUCUACACCACGGACUACGACGACGAGAACAGCAGCCUGGACUCCGAGGAGCACGUCCUGGCGCCACUGGUCUGCGCCUCGGCCCAGUCGUCGCGUCCCUGCCUCACGUGGGCCUGCAAAGCGUGCAAGAAGAAAAGCGUCACCGUGGAUCGACGGAAGGCGGCCACCAUGCGAGAGCGAAGGAGACUGAGAAAGGUUAACGAGGCCUUCGAGAUACUGAAGCGACGCACAUCCUCCAAUCCCAACCAGCGCCUGCCCAAGGUCGAGAUCUUGCGCAAUGCCAUCGAGUAUAUCGAGAGCCUGGAGGAUCUGCUUCAGGAAUCCUCGCCCUCACGCGAUGGCGACAACCUGGCGCCGAGUCUAAGCGGCAAAAGCUGCCAGUCCGAUUAUCUGAGCUCCUAUGCAGGCGCUUAUCUGGAAGAUAAACUCAGUUUUUACAACAAACACAUGGAAAAGUAUGGCCAAUUUACAGACUUUGAUGGGAACGCUAAUGGUUCGAGUUUGGAUUGCCUGAAUCUCAUUGUCCAGAGCAUCAACAAGAGCACAACAUCCACGCCUGUGAAGACCACCGCCACGCCAGUGUCCACCAAGACGCCGCCAACAACAGGAGCCCCGCCAGCCACAAGUCUGCAUGCGAGUUUCAAAAGGAAAUGCAGCACCUAAUGCAGCUCUAAGAUUAGCCCCCAUGCCCAUGCCCAUCCCCAUCCCCAUGUCCAUUAGGUAAUUGUAAAAAUAUUUAUAAGAGGAUACACGAGAUACCCAGUGACCACUAUAGUACAUAGGACUUAAAUUAUUUGUAUAGCCUUAGCACUUAAUUAAACAAUAAUUGAAACAAUGAA